UUAGUUCGCGUCGGCCUUGGCGUUAAGAGGAGUGUGUCUUCUGUGCAAGACGAAACUGUUAUGAAGUAGUGUCUCGUCUGCGCAAGGCGAACCUGUUACCAUGUCAGAUUUUUGUGUAUCAAACCAUGCAGCACUGUCUGUAGGUUAUCACUAUCAAAAUUAAAUACCGGCUACACAACAAAAAUAUGUAGGAACUUCAGUCAAGAAAAUGUGGAGUUGGUGUACGGACUCUUGCCAAAAGCUAUGUUGGGAAGCGGCUGUCAGAUGUCCCCACACCGGCAUUCCUUGUGGAUAAGCAAAUAGUUCUAAACAACUGUCAGAACAUGCUAAAAAAAUGUGCGGAACUUGGUAUUAAGCUCCGACCUCAUGUGAAAACUCAUAAGACGGAAGAAGCAGCACUGCUCCAGACUGGUGGUCGGAAAAAAUGUAUCACUGUCUCAACAUUCAGAGAGGCAGAAUUCUUCGCAGAUUGUGGUUGGGAUGAUAUUCUAUUAGCAUUCCCUCUUGCACCUUUCCAUAUUGGUCGUGCCAAGUCACUAGCAGAUCAUAUCUCAACCUUUCACUUGCUGGUCGACAAUGUUGAUUCAGCAACAGCAUUGGCCAAAUCACCAAAACCUUCUGGCAAAGCUUCAUGGUCAGUUUUCAUCAAAGUUGAUACAGGAUAUGCAAGAGCUGGUGUUCGGUGGUCUGACACAGAAAUGGCUGUAGCGAUAUGUAAAGCCCUUCAGCCAUCAGUGAAGCUUCAGGGAUUGUAUGCUCACUGUGGAGAUUCAUAUCACACGAGCUCACUAACAGAGGUGUCAGCUGUGCGCAAUCGUACAGUUGAGCGUGUAGUGAAACUUGGUGAGGAGCUUGUGCAGAGGGGUUUUGCAUGCCCAAUCAUUUCUAUUGGAUCCACACCAUCAAUGAGUGCCAGUGUAAAUGCUGAAGACCACAAAGUUUUGCAGAAGCUUAACGAGGCACAUGUAGGGAAUUAUGUAUUCUAUGAUCUUCAGCAGGCAUCUCUGCAUUCAUGUUCCUUGGAUGAUGUGGCUUGUAGGGUUAUGACUCGUGUUAUUGGUCAUUACCCACAUCGAAAACAGAUGCUUAUUGAUUGUGGAUUCACUGGGCUAACCAAACAAGGACUGAAUGCUAAUAAAUUUGUUGCAGGAUAUGCCCUAUUUGAGAAUCAUCCAAAUCUAAAGUUAAUUGAAAUGUCACAAGAAGUGGGCAAAGUUGAAGGUGUUGAUGGUAACCUAGAUUUCGAUCGAUACCCAGUUGGAACUGAACUGUUACUGUACCCUUACCAUGCAUGUGCGACAGCAUCUCAACACCCUGUCUAUUACAUUCACAAAGAUGCUCUUGUUGAAGAGGAGUGGAAACCUAUUAGAGGAUGGUAGCCCCGAGUAUGACUUUUAGUACUGUUAGUUAAAGAGCUUCUGUAAAGUAUUUUGUGCCUGUUGUUAAUUAUACCCAAUCAAGCAAAAAUGCUCAGAAUGAAACAUUUGUUAUCUAAUUAGAGCGCAACUCUGAUAUUCGAUCAGUGGCAUACAGUCUGGCUGACCAGUACUUCUGAUUAUACGAACAAGUGCAAAAUUGAAUCGAUUCAAGGAUCCCCACAAAAGUCUCCCAGUUCUUCUGCUACAGGAUUUGUAUGCUAUCCGAAAGAUGGGAGAAUGUAGUGGCCAGCGAUGGGCAAUACUAUGAAUCAUAAUUUUUUUUGUAAGUUUUUCCCAAUAAAGCCCCGAACUUCAAGAAAAAACAGCAGAAGCAAAGUUGUAGACCUAGUAUUAAACAACAACGCACAGGUUUUAUGUUAAAACUGACUGUGAAGAAGAAAAUACUCUACUGUAAAAGACUGUGGUUUUGUUUUCUUUGUUGCAGCCAGUUUUAACUAUGUCUGUCUAUCUCUUCCUACCACCUAUUUCAUUAUUUCCCUUCGCUAUAUAUCCAUCUACUACUCCCUUCUCUCUCCACAUUAUCACACUUACCCCAACAGGAGGCUGGUGGUUCUUACCACCACAGUACUUCUUUCCAGCUCAUAACUAAUUUGCGUAUCAAAUUUUAUUGAAAUAAUUCCAGGGGCUUAGGAUGUGCUUUUUACACACAACUUUGCUCACAUAUGCACAUGUAAAAUAUAUUUCACAUGUAUGUAACAUAUUUCACUUGUAUCUGUACACUUAUUUCAAAUGUACCUCUGGUGAACCAUGCCCUACAAUUUCAUUUUCAUGCAGAUCAAUGUUUAUGAUGAUGUAUCUCCUGAAUUAAGGGUUAUGCAAUGAUAUAUUUGUGUACAUACAUUCUGCAACAUAUGUGGAUAAUGUCUGAAAAAUAUGUUGGUAAUAGAAUUAGUAGUAAAGAAGAAAUAAAUUAAAAUGUCAUAACUGUGUUGUACAAUGAUAUAUUUUUGAUGGCAUAUUCAGUGGAAUAUGUGGAUAUUGGCUACAUAAAAUGUUGUGAAUAGAGUUAGCAGCAACAAAGUAAUAAAUUUAAAUGUCUUGUAUGGUGCAGCAGUUUUUCAUGCAUCUCAUUGUUGAUGUCAUAAUAUCUCCUGAACUGUGAGUCGUACAAUGAUAUAAUUUUGUUGGUACAUCCCAUGGUAUAUAUGAAUACCGUCUGCAAAAUGUGUUGUGAAUACAGGUUGUAGUAAAUAAGUAAUAAAAUAAAAGUCGUGCUUCAUGUAGCAGUUUUUGGAAGUAAUAAUCUUUCUUCUUUUCUAUGUCAGUGAGAAAAUGUUUCAUAAAGGUUUGAAACUAUGUGUAACUUUCGUUGCAAAUCACUAAGAGCUCUCAUUGGGUGACUGAAGUAUGGGUAUUUUCAUGUCUUGGGCUGUACUGCUUUUUCACCCCCACAGCGAUUCUUUCAGGACAGUAAUAUAAUGUGGUUUAUUUGUAAAGGAAAACAUACUCAAGCUGCUAGUGGUACCAAGUCUAGAGAUCUGCAGCAGAAUUUGGAAUCCUUGCAAAGUAGGCAUAAUAGCAGUCAUCAAAUAAAUUCAAACAUACUUCUAGGAAAUCAUAGCAUAUCCUGUAUAAAAGUGUAAUAGAAUACUAAGGGAACUAAAAGCUGAAUUUUUGAAAGAAAGAUAAUUUUGUUCACUUGGCCUCUGCUAGGUAAAUUUAGAGAAUGGAUAACUUGGACAUCACGAGAGAGAUAGUCUGGCUACUGAGGUAUUUCUUUCGCUCCACAUGUGAAAUGAACAGUACAGGAAGUAUCUGAAAUGGUUCAAAGCACCCUCCUACAUGCAGUUUACAGUCUGUUGAGAAAUAUGUAUCUGAAUGAAUAUGCAUCUGUAAAAAGGGGAAAGAGAUGGGCAAUGGCAACAAAAGGUACGGACUAUCACAGAUGCUGCAGGAAUACGGUUCCAAAAAGAUCUCAUACCUACCAAAAGUGGUAGCAGUGAGUUGUGAAAGUCAAGAUACAGGCUGGAGCUUGGAUAUUCAUCAGGAUAGAUUAGUGAGGGAGGAUGUGCCCUGAAGAACAAGUGUUGUUGAAGGUCCACAAUACUGUGAAUUGAAGUACAGUGAGAGGGAAGGAUUCCACUUGUUUCAAUCUCUGUGUGUCUCCUUGCAUCAUGGUCACUUCUAUUUGAUUCAAUAUUUCUGUCCCAUUUCCUUGUUGCCCAUCUUUCUCUUAGAACCUACUAUUCCUGUCUUUGUUCUUCAUGACACCUGCUCUACUUAAUACAAUUCUUCAUACUAGUGUGUGUGUGUGUGUGUGUGUGUGUGUGUGUGUGUGUGUGUGUGUGUGUUUAUAAGUUGAGUUACUGUGUUACAAUGUUCUUGUUUACAUUCAAAUAUACCCUUCAAUGUAUCCACUGCAUGGUGAAUAAUUAUUGUUGGAUGUAAAUUUAUUUAUUUUGAUAAUAACAACUGUAUGGUUCCUAAUUUCUUGUUAUUAACAAAGGAUUAUAAUAACAGAACAUGGAAAAUUAUGGUUGGGCAUGAAAUAUUUUACUAUUAACGUAACAUUGGUGUUCUGGAGAAUCGCAGAGGAGCUAAGUCUACAUCAGUGCUUUGAAUCAGUCCAUGAGACGUGCCAAAAUGAUUCAAGAGGAAGAAAUAGAGGGUGAAUGUCCAGACUGAAAUUGUUGUCAAUGCAGUUUUAAUUCAAAAAUAAAUGUUCAUCCUAUUAAUUGUCUAGCCACAUCUGAUUCAUGCCAUCAUCU